GCAGGGAAUCCCCGCCCAUCCUGGAGGCUCGGUGGAUCCCCAGCGCCGCGCAGCUGGGAGAGCCGGGCGAGGAGUGGACUCCCGGCGCCGGUCCGUGCGGCCCCAGGCAGAGAGACGCGGUUGGUGGCGGCUGCGGGGACCCGCCGGGCCGUGGGCGCUUGGGAUUUCUCCUCCCGCGGCUGCGGGAGAACCGCGGCGCUGCAGCUCCGGGCAGGCGCGGCGGUGGCACUGGCGGUGGCAGCUGCGGCGGCAGCGGCACGGGGACCCGCCGGGCGGCGCCUGGGUCCGGACGCGAGGAGCAGCCGGAGCCUCCGCCGAGCCGCGUGCAGGUGUGAACGAGUCCAGGGGAGGUCACCGUGUCGCUGCUGGAGGAACAGCUCGUUUCCAGGUCCUUCGCGUGGCCCCGCCAUGAAGUGAACCAAGCGGGGACUGGUGGGACGCUUCCUUCCUUCCCUCGCCGAGCACUCCGGGCCCAGCGAUUGUUCUACUGUUGUUCUAAUUGUGUCCCGUCCUCCCCUUGCCAAGGCAAACAGCGUUCCUUCAGCUCGUCUGCCAGCCCGAACAUGAACACAGACAAAGCUGAUGACAGCCCGCGUUCCCAAGGGACGUGGGGCCCUGUGGGGCCCGGCCCCCAGGAGCAGGUCCGCUCAUGAUGCUGGCGCCCGGGAGUGAGCACCAUGCCCAUCACCCAGGACAAUGCCGGGCUGCACCUGCCCCUGCUCUACCAGUGGCUUCAGAACAGCCUGCGGGAGGGCGGGGACGGGCCGGAGCAGCGCCUCUGCCAGGCGGCCAUCCAGAAGCUGCAGGAGUACAUCCAGCUGAACUUUGCUGUGGAUGAGAGCGUGGUCCCGCCUGAGCACAGCCCCCCGGGCAUGGAGAUCUGCACUGUGUACCUCACCAAGGAGCUGGGGGACACAGAGACUGUGGGCCUCAGUUUUGGGAACAUCCCUGUUUUCGGGGACUAUGGAGAAAAGCGCAGAGGGGGCAAGAAGAGGAAAACCCACCAGGGCCCUGUGCUGGAUGUGGGCUGCAUCUGGGUGACGGAGCUGAGGAAGAACAGCCCGGCAGGGAAGAGUGGGAAGGUCCGACUGCGGGAUGAGAUCCUCUCCCUGAACGGGCAGCUGAUGGUCGGAGUUGACGUCAGCGGGGCCAGUUACCUGGCUGAACAGUGCUGGAAUGGCGGCUUUAUCUACCUGAUCAUGCUGCGUCGCUUCAAGCACAAAGUCCAUUCUCCUUAUAACGGCAACAGUAGCAACAGCUCUGAACCAGGAGAGACGCCUACCUUGGAGCUGAGUGACCAAACUGUGAAAAAGGGAAAGAGAGCAAGAAAGUUUGGGGUCAUUGCCAGGCCUGCUACUCACAAAGCCACUGAAGAGUCCAAGAGCAGCACUGGCUGUGAACUGGACAAUGACCCCGUCUCCGAACUGGACAAUGGCCUAGACCCUGAACUUGGAAACGGUCAUGCUUUUGAGCUAGAAAAUGGCCCAGAUUCGCUCAAGGAGGUGGCUGGAUCCCAUCUAGACAGGUCGGAAUUGGACAGAGGGACAGAGCCUAGAAUUUCGAAGACAGAUGCUCCUCUGCCCACAAGCAAUGACAAACGGCACUUCUCAAAAUCUGGGAAGACGGACUUCCAGUCCAGCGACUGCCUGGCACGGGAGGAAGUUGGCCGGAUAUGGAAGAUGGAGCUGCUUAAAGAAUCGGAUGGGCUGGGAAUUCAGGUUAGUGGAGGCCGAGGAUCAAAGCGCUCACCUCACGCUAUCGUUGUCACUCAAGUGAAGGAAGGAGGUGCCGCUCACAGGGACGGCAGACUGUCCUUAGGAGAUGAGCUCCUGGUAAUCAAUGGUCACUUGCUAGUCGGGCUCUCCCACGAGGAAGCUGUGGCCAUCCUUCGCUCCGCCACCGGAGUGGUUCAGCUGGUGGUGGCCAGCAAGGAAGGCUCUGCAGAGGACCUCCUCCGGUUAACAUCUAAGAGCUUGCCUGAUCUAACCAGCUCAGUAGAGGACGUGUCCUCCUGGACUGACAACGAAGACCAGGAGCCAGACGGGGAAGAGGACGAAGGAGCCGGCUCGUCUUCUGUCCAGGGAACAAUGCCUGGGACGGAGGAGCCCCAGGAUGCAUGUGGCCCCGAGGAAUCCAAGGGGAACUUGGAAAGUCCCAAGCAGGGCAGCAGUAAAAUGAAGCUCAAGAGUCGUCUUUCAGGGGGUGUACACCGUCUAGAGUCUGUUGAAGAAUACAAUGAGCUGAUGGUGCGGAACGGGGACCCCCGGGCCAGGAUGCUGGAGGUGUCCCGAGACGGCCGGAAGCACUCCCUUCCCCAGCUGCUGGACUCCACGAGCACAGCACAGGAAUACCACAUUGUGAAGAAGUCCACCCGCUCGCUAAGCGCUACUCAGGUGGAAUCUCCUUGGAGACUCAUUCGGCCAUCAGUCAUCUCUAUUAUUGGGCUGUACAAAGAAAAAGGCAAGGGCCUUGGCUUUAGCAUUGCUGGUGGUCGAGACUGCAUUCGAGGACAGAUGGGGAUUUUUGUCAAGACCAUUUUUCCAAAUGGGUCAGCUGCAGAGGAUGGAAGACUUAAAGAAGGGGAUGAAAUCCUAGAUGUAAAUGGAAUACCAAUCAAGGGCUUGACAUUUCAAGAAGCCAUUCAUACCUUUAAGCAAAUCCGGAGUGGAUUAUUUGUGUUAACGGUACGCACAAAGCUCGUGAGCCCGAGCCUCACACCCUGCUCGACACCCACACACAUGAGCAGAUCUAGCUCCCCAAGCUUCAACGCCAGUGGGGCACCCUCGGCGGGAGGCGCUGAUGAAGGCGGUUCUUCGUCCCUGGGUCGAAAGGCCCCGGGGCCCAAGGACAGAAUUGUCAUGGAAGUAACCCUCAACAAAGAGCCCAGAGUUGGAUUAGGCAUUGGAGCCUGCUGCCUGGCCUUAGAAAACAGCCCUCCAGGCAUCUACAUUCACAGCCUUGCCCCAGGAUCUGUGGCCAAGAUGGAGAGUAAUCUGAGCCGUGGAGAUCAAAUCCUGGAAGUGAACUCAGUCAACGUUCGCCAUGCUGCUUUAAGCAAAGUCCACGCCAUCCUGAGCAAAUGCCCCCCAGGACCUGUUCGCCUGGUAAUCGGCCGGCACCCUAAUCCAAAGGUUUCUGAGCAGGAAAUGGAUGAAGUGAUUGCACGCAGCACUUAUCAGGAGAGCAAAGAGGCCAGUUCCUCUCCUGGCUCAGGUACCCCCUUGAAGAGUCCUUCUCUUGCAAAAAAGGACUCCCUGACCUCUGACUCUGAGCUCUCCCAGUACUUUGCGCAAGAUGUCCCAGGCCUGUUGUCAGACUUCGUGGUGGCUGGCUCUGAGGACGAGGAUCCCCCGGGAAGCGGCUGCAGCACCUCCGUGGAUGGCAGCCCGCUGCCCGGCACCUCCCCUCACAAGGAACCAGGAAAAGCCAGGGCCAACAGCCUUGUGUGUCUGGGAAGCCAGCGGACCUCUGGGCUCUUCCACAAGCAGGUGACAAUCGCCAGACAAGCCAGCCUCCCUGGGAGCCCACAGGUCCUCCGAAAUCCUCUCCUGCGCCAGAGAAGGGUGGGCUGCUUCGAGGAUGAUGCCAGCGAUGAGGAAGAGUUGGAUGGCGAGGGGGACUGUAUUUCCCUGCCAGGGACCCUCUCCGGUCCCAGCAGGCCUCUGACAGAGGACAACUCUACACGUGUCUUGACUGCCUCUUCCAAGGUUGUGGGUAUCAACCAAGAGGAACAGCUCCAGAAGCCAGUCAGCAAGGCCUCCUCAGUGCCUCUCCUUGGCAGCUCGCCAGACUUACAGGAGAGCAUCCCACGGGGCAUGGGGGACACCCUUUCCAACCUGCUGGCCCCUUCAGAGCCCCGCAAGGGCAGUCCUGGCUGCUCGGGAAGGAAGGAACUGUCAGGAUCAAAGAGUUCACCCAAACUGGCGUACAGAGCCGGGGCAGGCACCCCGGGGCUGGCGAGCAUGGACAGCCCCAGUUCCCUCCAGCAGCAUCAGGACAACCUGGGGUCCAGGCACAAACCGGUGGCCAGGGUCAGCCCACAUCUCAAGAGGCUCGAGACCGAGGCCGGGCCCAGGAGCUCAGAAACAGCACACCUGACCGAGGGAGCCAGCGACCCAUGUGGUUCAGACCCGAAAGCCCAGACCGCUUCCAUCAGGGUGAGCGUGACUGGUUAUCAGCCAGGCGGAAGUGCAGAGAAGGAAUCUCUGGGAAAGCUGCCCACUGGGGAUGGAGGAGUCCCCACCGAUGGAGGGCCAGCUGGUGGCCUGCCCCACCCAGUUGCCAGCCACCCCACAGAGAACCUGCCUGAAGCUGCGCCGGGGCAGGAGCAACAGCCCAGGACAGGACUGGACAGCUUCCCCGACUCUGUCCCUUCCCCAGGGCAGAAGGAGGUGGCUCACCCUGACCCCAGCAAGACCUCAGUGGACACAGGGCAAGCAAGGAGACCUGAGGACCCCAGAGAGUCAGAGUCACCCAGGGUCCCCGCGUCUGAGGAUUGCACAUCCCCAGGGAUGACGGCGGCGGCUUGGCCUGAUCUCAGCGAGACUAGAGCAGCCCCAGAGGCCAGCUCGCCUGACACCACCAGGAAGGCAGGUGCCCACGGGCGAGCAGGACCCAGAGCCGAGGGGGCAUCUCCAGCUAAUGCCCAGCUGUCACUGGACCUCCCAUCACAGGAGAAGAGACACGGCGCUCCAGGUCAACACAGCAAGGCUGUGCAAACCUUUAUGCCUGAAAACUGCCGGGAGUCAGCUCUCCUCCAGGGAACAGACCCCGGGUCUGCGGGAGUACUGCAGGCCAGCCCCUCCCUACCACUGCCCAGUGACAGGGCCCAGGACCAGGACGGGUGCAGUGGUGUCUCGGGGCCUGGCUGCCCUGGGGAGCUCCGGGAGAGCCCUGUGACUGACAUUGACAGGCUCAUCAAGGAGCUGGAUGCUUCUGGAACCAGGCUCCAGUCUCCUGGGAAAGGGGAGCGGCUGAGUCAAGAGGGCACUGCUCUCGGGCAGCGGGCAGCAGGUGCGGGACAUGGAGGCCCCCAGCAGGCUGAACCGGCCUCAGGGACCCAGACCCCCACCCCCACUCCCAGGAGGGCCUGGGUCUCCAGCCAGGCCCCUCCCCCACAAUGGGCCUCCCAGCCUUCGGUUUUGGACUCCAUAAAUCCCGACAGACAUUUUACUGUGAACAAAAGCUUUCUGAGCAACUACUCUAGAAAUCUGAGCAAUUUCCAUGAAGACAGUACGUCCCUAUCAGGCCUGGGCGACAGCACAGAGCCGUCUCUCUCCUCCAUGUAUGGAGAUGCUGAGGACUCGUCUUCAGACCCCGACUCACUCACCGAAGCCCCACGAGCUCCCACCAGGGAUGGCUGGUCCCCUCCUCGUCCUUGUCCUCCGGGAUCUCCUCACCAGGGAGACACAACAGAGUCUGAGGAGGAGCAGGUUGAAAUCUGUUCCCCCAGCGCAUCCCCCAUUCUGCCCUCAGCUACUGCACUUGCUCCUACUCAGGCGGCCCCCUGCCCGGCUUCAGCCAGAGUCCUGCCAGUGAAACCCAGCACCCUGAGCCACGCGGCGGGAGAUGCGUGUGAGGGAGCCUCCUUCGUGCCAGGAGCCUCAGGCCCGUCAGCCCCAGGCGCUCCCCAGCCGCUUCCUCACUCGGAUGGCAGCUUCCAGCAGCAGGACUCUCCUGCAGACAUAAGGAUCUCACCCAACCACAGGCCCUCGUGUGAGGAGCAAACCGGGGAAGCCGCCAGUGCUCGCUCCGCAGGGGAAGAUGCCUGGUCUUCUCCAGUCACCAGGCCUAUCCUCGACCCCCAGGCCACCCCCAGCUCUCCCAACAUGCUGAAUGGUUUGGAACGUGACCAGCUAGAUGACAAGACCCCAUGUAAAGAGCAGAAAAUGAAUGUUCACUCAAAUGAAAAUCGGUCCUCCUCCAGGGUGUGUGUCCCUGAGAAUGGAGAAUCGGUUCUGGCAAAGCUGCACAUCUCUGAAAGUCAAGACCUCGAUGACUUGCUGCAGAAGCCGAAAACAGUCUCCAGGCGGCCCAUCAUGGCUUGGUUUAAAGAAAUUAAUAAAAACAACCAAGGGACACAUUCGCAGAGCAAAACCGAAAAGGAGCAAUCCACGAUGCCAGCCAGAAGUCCGGACCCCAAAAGCCAGGUGCUGAGCUCAAGCCACAAAAAGGGGGUUGCGGUGCCUGACAGCCCUCCUCCGCUGAAGCUGAAUCUUGAGAAUAAAGACCCACCUAAAAAAAGUUCGGUGGAAACCCUUUUGAGUAACUGUCAGAAGCCCAAAUCAGGUCCUAAGCUGAAGAAACUGAGCAUCAAAGGCAAAAGCAAAGUCAGUUCUGAGGUCUCAGCUGCUAAUACAGGGAAGGCGGGGGGUGCGGAGCACAGGAAGGCCCUUGUUCCACCCCAGACCUCCCACAAAAUGCUUUCGAAGGGGAUGCUACACCGGUUCCACGCAGCUGAGUAUGAGGAACCAGACAGAACUGCCGCAGCUGCCCCCCAGUCUCCCCAGGGUGUGCUGGAGAGCAAGCCGCCCCCGGGGGCCCCAGGCUCCCUGAAGCCCUCGGCGUCCGACACCAGCAUUAGGAUGUUCAUUUCACCCUUGACCUCCCCCAAGACUCUUCCUGAGCAAAGUGCAUGCAGUAGGCCCCACCCAGCUGUCCACUCAGAACCCGACCGAGGCUGCCCGGCCACCCCCCGGUCUCCGAAGUGUGGACCGGAGAGUAAGGCUCCCCCUGCAGCCCCGGGGCCGGCGAGUCCCGCGGCACCAAGGAGCGGCGCGUCCAUGGGGGCUGGCAAGCGGGAGGCCCCCUCUCCUGGGCAGGGCGAGUGGCCCCUCUCCAGCCAAACAGAUUCAGCAGCAAAAGCUGCCCAGUCUGAGGUGAGUGGCGACAAAAGAAGCAGAAUAAUUGCAGGUGAGCCCCUAGAAAGAACCAAUCAGCUGAAAAUCAUUGAGUUCUCUUCUGAAAGAAUGCCAAAGAAUGCAUGUGGUGACAAGCCAACUGAAAGAGGGUUCUUGGCCCAGAGCAACUGUCAGGAGAAGAGUGAAAUCAGACUCUGUCACCAGUCAGUGGAAUCGUCCGCAAACCAUCCAUCCACACCCGCGUCCUGUGCCUCGCAGGUGGAGCAGGAGACGCAGCGAUCUUUCACUGUGGCGAAACUGACCUCCUCCUCCUCCUCCCCACAGCUGCCAACCAGAAGGGCAGAUUCCUGCCACAGCAAGUCAUGCCAGAUGUCAGACUCCCUGGGGAUGCCCAGGAAUGGUGCGCGAGUGGGCCCGGCGCCCGAUGACCAUCCCUACUUCACACCACGGCCAGCGACCAGAACCUACUCCAUGCCGGCCCAGUUCUCCAGCCAUUUUGGUCGGGAGGGCCAUGUCCUGCACAGGCCAGGGCGGUCCCCACGGGACAGCCAGAUCCCCGUGACCAGCGGGGGCCUCCUCGAGGCCAAGGCGUCCAGAGGCGGUAUUCUCGGCCUGGUUAAUGGACAGGGCAUAUACAGUGUAAAGCCCCUGCUGGAGACGUCGAGGAACCUUCCAACAACAGAUGAGGGGGAUGCCCUUUCAGUGCAGGAAACGAGCUGCCUGCUCACAGACAAAAUCAAAGUCACCAGACGACAUUACUACUCCGAGCAGAACUGGCCCCCUGAAUCUACCUCAUUUUUCUCUGUGAAGCAGAGGAUCAAAUCUUUUGAGAACUUGGCCAAUUCUGACCGGCCUGCAGCCAAGUCUGGGGCCUCUCCUUUCUUGUCAGUCAGCUCCAAGCCUCCCGUUGGGAGACGGUCAUCUGGCAGCGUGGCUUCUGGAAGCCUCGGCCACUCCAGUGAUCCAACGGCGAGGUCACUGCGACGCAGCCUGAGUUCCUGUAGUGAAAGUCAAGGUGAAGCCAGCACCCUCAACACCCCAAUGACCAAGUCCCCCUCCAGCAUGAUGCUGACUGUCUCGCGGCAGAGCCUGGUGGAGACUGGUAGCAAGGUUGCUGAUUUGGACCCGAAGAGAUCACCUGGUCCUUCAGGAAUCCCUGCCCCGACGGUGGCCCCGGCCUCUCCCGCCAAGAGGAACAAGUCCUCAGUGCGUCACACCCAGGCCUCGCUUCUAUCCCGCUCGAAGCUCCAGGAGCUGAGGGCCCUGAGCAUGCCUGACCUGGACAAGCUCUGUGGUGAGGACUUUUCAGCUGGGCCGACGGCUGUGCUCUUCAAGACCGAGCUGGAAAUCGUCCCCCGGAGGUCGCUUGGCUCCCCUGCUGGAGGCCUCCACGGGUCCGUUGCCCUCUCGUGCCAUGUGAAGGGGGUGGACAGGGUCUGUCCAGGGGGAAGCAGCCCUAAAGCCGCUGAGCCUGGGGCACCCGGUUCAUCCCAUGAUGCGGGUGAGACCACCCAGGAUCUGCCUUUCGGAAAAAGCUGGUCAGUUAAUUUGCAUCAACUUCUGGUGUCAGCGGAGGAUCAGCAAAGACUGCAGUCUGUUUUGUCAUCAGUGGGGUCAAAAUCUACUGUCCAAACUCUCAUUCAGGAAGCGAAAGCACAAUCAGAGACUAAAGAAGAUGUUUGCUUCACAGUCUUGAAUAAAAAAGAAGGCUCAGGUCUGGGAUUCAGUGUGGCAGGAGGGACAGACGUGGAGCCAAAAUCAGUUGUGGUCCACAGGGUGUUUUCUCAGGGGGCAGCUUCUCAGGAAGGGACCGUGCACCGAGGGGAUUUCCUUCUGUCAGUCAAUGGCACCUCACUGGCUGGCUUAGCCCACGGGGAUGUCCUGAAGGUCCUGCACCAGGCCCAGCUGCACAAAGAUGUCCUCGUGGUCAUCCAGAAAGGGAGUGGUCAGCUCCGGCCCUCCACCAGGCAGGAGCUCCCCCUGGCCAAUGGGAAGGGCUUGUCGUCCAGAAAGUCCAGCCUCCUGGAGCCUGGAGCAGGGAGGAGCACAGCUGCGCACGAUGCCGUGUGUGUGGAGAUGCUGAAGACCUCGGCUGGACUGGGACUGAGUCUGGACGGAGGGAGAUCGUCUAUGUCUGGAGAUGGGCCCCUGUUCAUUAAGAGAGUGUAUAAAGGUGGUGCAGCUGAACAAGCUGGAACAAUAGAAGCUGGAGAUGAAAUUCUUGCCAUUAAUGGGAAAUCCCUGGUUGGGCUCUUGCACUUCGAUGCAUGGAAUAUUAUGAAGUCUGUCCCGGAGGGACCUGUGCAGUUAGUCAUCAGAAAGCACAGGAAUUCUUCCUGCAACAAGCACUAGUAGUGACACUAAUAGUGCCUGUUGCAUUUUUUUAACCAGAAUCUCCUUUCCUCCGUUCCCUUCUUUCUUUAGCAAAUCAGAAUGACUUCUUUAAACCAUGGGUUCCUGAAACAACAGAGGAGCACUGGUGUGAGCAAGGACUGAAAAACUCUCCAAGUUUUUACUUACACAGGAAGCUGACCUUUCUUGUGUGCAGCAGCAAUGGAGCUGAACUCCAGAGGCCUUCCGCCUGGAUCUCCUAGGCGAGAGGGUUCGCUUCGUUCCAGUGCCUGUCCCCCACCACCUCUCACGUUUACUGAUGGGGACACAGAUGUGGCAUGCCCUUCUUCAUCUGAAACCUCUAGUGAGCUUCACAUCCUGCUUGCCACCUCUCCCAGCAGAAUCAAGCCUGGCAAUUAGGAAGCCAACGGAGUCUGAGGGGCAACACAGGUGUCACAACCAAAAGGACUAUAGUUUUAUAUACUUUUGUAAGUAAAUAACAGAAUGCUUUUAGGCACAUUCAGUGGAAGGAGCUGUAGGUCUGUAUGUUAUCCUGAAAAGAAAAGAGACUUGAAAAACGAAAAUCAAUUAUGACCUAAUGGUUAGGCUGAGCUCAGGAAUUAUCUAAAAGUGAAAAAGCAGAAUACAGAAAGUGGUAUUUUUAGUGAGUGUAAUGUGCCUCAUAUGGCUGCAUAGUUCAACUCAGUGGGUCAUGGUCAUGGAUCAACAUGAAAUGUUGAUCAUGAUCUGAAAGCGUAUAUUGAAAGGCAAUUUUAUAGGAAUGCAGCUCCGAUAAACUGUACUAAAUAGCCAUGAACUUCACUGCUUAGAAAGAGCAGAAAGUUCCAGCUCUGAAAGCACCUUGCAUCCAGUUUGGAACUUGUCUUGAAUAAAUGCUUGAAUUCAAGACUGGUCAGCAAAAGAGCAAGAAAAAUUAUCCUCGUCACUGGGUUUCCAUUUCUGUAUUUUAUGUACUCCAACUACUAAUUUAAACUAAAUUUUCAGAAAUCAAGUAUCUUUUUAGUAUCCUUGGAUUUAUAAUCCAAACAGGUGAGCUUAAAACAAUCCUUUAAGAAGACUCUUUUGUUCGGCUUCCCCCUCCCCCCCACUUUUCAACAAGCUUAAGAAAUAUAUUUCUAAGCAUUGGAUCUAUUUUCCUGACCUGGGUUUGAUGACAUAGCUCUGCAGUGACUGAAGCCUUUGCUCUUUUUGUUUUCCCGUUUUGCAAAUUCUUCCUUUGGCCAAAAGUGUUUCCCUGCAGAACACUGUUGUGACUCACACUUGCUUGUGACACUCGUCCCAGCUGCUCUCCUUUUGAAGCACGAGCUUCUUCGUAGUAACUGUUCCCAUUCGAUGUGCUGUUCCUUGUCACAAAACUGGCUUUUCUCCCCUCAUACUGUACCUUCUUAAAAUCCAAACACUCAUUAGCUUCAUUUGCUAAAAUGUAAUAAGAAAAUGGAGAAUGAGGAUGAGUCAGUCUUUUUCAGUAAAGGAGCAGAACUGUGUAUUUACAACACACAUCCUCGGGUGGCGCAGGCCAGUUGACUGAGUCCUGGGAAUACGGGUGAGGCUUGCAUACCUGCGUGCACGACGCUAGGGUUUUAUGUUGGCAAUUUCUUUAAAUAACCUAUUUCUGAGUGACUAAUCCCAGUACACCUCUGUGGACUUGGCCCAGAGAGGUCUCUCAGAGGGGAGUGAAAUAUCUGGCUGGUGUGAGCCCAGAUUUCUCAUUUUUAAACAGGUUAUACAAGAGAAUGUAGUUCAGGGGUUAGCUAGACAGACCUGAUUAAUUUAGCUUCUACUUUUCACUACUACAAUUCCAGAUAGGAUACUGUAGGAAGUCAGUGCAAGGUGCAUGCUAGAUUGUUUUUUAAGUCUCUGGGGUCAGUUUUAUGGCUUCUGCUUUCUUGCUUAAAUGAGAGACUCUUUGAAGUCAAGGCCAAAAACUAUUUUUUGCCUCCACUCUUCCAGCUGUGCCUACAUAGAAACACCCAGGCCUGCGUGACGGAUCUCCAGGGCAAUGGGAGCAACGGAACGCUCCCCUUCUCAGAGUUCCUAAUCCUCAUAUCUGAAGAGCACAAGGGUAGACCCCUGGCUCAAUAAACUCUAUUAGUCAUCAGCCACUUCUGUUGGACUUGGCCAGAGGGUUCCUUUGGAAUUCAACAGUUGGAAUUUCAGGGAGGAAGCAAAAGCUAAACUUUGACCCUGGGAUAGAAAGCUAUUUAUUUGUCGUCAGUGUUCAAGGCAUGACUAGUAUUUCUAAUUAGUCUAAUAAAUUCCCACACAUCCAGACGUGAACACUAAUGGUAUUGUCCUACUAAAACUUCCAUUGUUUUGGUUUUUAACUGGUCAGUCAUCCACAAUAAGCUAUGAUGGUAACUGUGUUAUAACGUGUAAAUCAUAGUUGCAAGGAUAUACCGUGAAAAUUGAAGUAGGUUGGGUUUCGUUUCUGUCAUCCCAUACACAGCUCAUUUAACUUUAGGGUUGACUCAGUUGGCACUACACCUGUUGUAUGAUAUUAUACGUUAUCCUUUAUUUAUGUAAAAUAAAAUGCCUUAUAUAUUAAAGAGUAAGUGCAAUAAUAUGAAAUAGCUUGUACAUUUUUAAGAUGUUGUCGCCAAGUUAUGUAUGUAAAUCCACAUCUCUAUAAACAUUUUUUAAGUAAUUUUAAAAAAAUAAACACUCUGUUUACUAC